AAAUGGGGCACGGACUACUUCAUCAAGGCGCACGUGAGCCAGAACGAAUUGUACGGACAAGUAGGACAAGGAGAUGUGGACCACGCAUACUGGGGGCGUCCCGAGGACAUGACGAUGAGCAGACCCGCGUACAAGAUCGAUACGUCCCAUCCAGGAUCGGAUCUGGCAGGAGAGACAGCGGCCGCCCUCGCAGCAGCUUCCAUCGUGUUCCAGAGCGCCGACUCCGGCUACGCCAGCACCCUUCUCACACACGCCAAGCAGCUGUUCGACUUCGCCAACAAUUAUCGCGGCAAAUACAGUGACUCCAUCACCGAUGCUCAGAGCUUCUAUGCAUCCGGCGACUACAAGGACGAGCUGGUGUGGGCUGCAGUGUGGCUGUACAGGGCAACCAACGACAACACCUACCUGACCAAAGCGGAACAGUUAUACAACGAUUUCGGCCUUGGGAACUGGAACGGUGGUUUCACUUGGGAUCAGAAAAUAUCUGGAGUACAGGUGUUGCUGGCUAAGAUCACAGGCAAACAGGCUUACAAGGACAAGGUGCAAGGCUACUGCGACUACAUCACGACUUCCCAGCAGAAUACACCAAAGGGUCUCGUAUACAUCGACCAAUGGGGCUCCCUUCGAAUGGCUGCCAAUGCUGCAUUCAUUUGUGCUCAGGGAGCGGAUUUGGGUAUCAAUGCUGCUAUUAAUCGUGCAUUUAUCAAGAAGCAGGUCGAUUACAUAUUGGGAGAUGCUGGACGCAGCUUCAUUAUAGGCUAUGGCUAUAAUCCACCCACUCGCCCGCAUCACAGAUCCAGCUCUUGCCCCGACGCCCCAGCGGUGUGUGACUGGAACACAUACAACAGCGCCAGCCCCAACUUCCACGUCCUGACCGGAGCCUUGGUGGGCGGUCCUGAUAGCAACGACAACUACAAGGACGAACGCAGUAAUUACAUCUCCAACGAGGUCGCCAUAGAUUACAACGCCGCGCUUUUGGGUGAUCUUGCCUACUUGAUAAAGAAUAAUCUGUAAUAGUGCACCAAUCAGUUUGGUCUUAUACGACUGAUGUGUGCAAACAUUGAGAAAAAACUUUUAGCGUUAAAACGGAACCUUCAAUAAUUUUUUCCCUUAAGUUACGUGUAUUUUAUGUACAACAUUCUUAGUGUUUUUAACUGUAGUAUAACGAGCUAAAUCGGCCACAUUAUGGACGCUUCAAUUUGUAUACAAACCACAAAGUGGCGUAUAAGCCGGAGAAUAUGUUUUGUUUUAAACCGGAACUUACAAUAUUAGGCCCAACAGUCACAUCUUGUAACACACUUGUAGGCGCCACAGAUAUAAUGCUAAAAUAAAUCAAUUAAGAGGUAAAUGUAUUUGCAAACGCCGAGGAAAAAGUUGUAGAGAUUUCUACCUACACAAAUCGUAGGAUUCAGAAGUAGAACAGAAGACGUACAAGUAAAUGCUAGCGCCUGCAAUAAUCUGUUUCGAUUCCACGCCGCACGCAGCUGUCAAAGAAGUUGCCGCAUUAACACGGGAAAAGUACAGCAACAUGCCUGAAGUUAAGUCUAUGCCAUUUUCACAUUUCCAUGCUUGAUAAUAUGGAAAGAUGUCCGAGUGAGCAAGUGUCUAUCUGAACAGCUAAACUAUUUCCAGUGUAUUGAUUAAAGUCUUAUAAUGACAGCAUAAUACUCCCCAACAUAAGCAUUUCAAAUGACUGAAAUGUAACCAACAGUAAAUGCACCGAAUAUAUGGUCCCGACAUAUGACUUGGUUAGGU